AAUCCCACUCUUUACUCCUUUCACGACCACCUCGUUACACACACAUUCGGAUAUGUGUGAGAGAGAAGACAACAUAAAAUUGACAUGCCCCAUACCCAACAACAUUGAACAUUUCGCUCAUUAUCUCUAUCACACUAACUAAGAUGCCACAUUUGCCAGAUCCAACGUUUUGAGGAGUUGUAUCCAAUGGUUAGUCUAAGAGAAUCGUGGUGUUUCUGCAAAGGGGUGACCAAGUCAGAGAAAAUGAAAGCAGCAAUUUUCUCUGCGAAAGGCCAAGCAAUGGCCACUAUCUCGGGUUCUUCCAAUCGGGUCGGAUUCUUGAUCCAUCGUAACCUCCUCUUGACCACCCACGCCAACCUCCCCUCCGCCGCCGCCGCUCACACCGCCCAGAUUCGCCUCCACAACAGCGUCGCUGCUACUCUCGUUCCCCAAAGGUUUUUCAUCACAAGUUCUGUAUUAGAUCUUACAAUAGUGGGUUUAGAUCAUGUGGAUGGAGAAUCAAAUUCCCAUAGUCAGUACCCUCACUACUUGAAGACAUGUAAAACCAAUCUGGAUCUGGGAAGUGUAGUUUACCUUCUAGGCUACACUGAGAAACAGGAGCUCACUGUUGGUGAAGGGAAGGUGGUCAUAGCCACUGACAAUCUCAUAAAACUGUCAACUGAUGGUAUUCCAUGGAACCCGGGUUCUGCAGGUUUUGAUGUACAUGGCAAUCUAGCAUUUAUGAUUUGUGAUCCUAUGAAAUUAGCCACAUCACCAAAUACUAAAUCCUCUUCAACUUCUUCAUCCGCAUCAUCGUCGAUGAAGGAUCUUCCCAUGCAAUUUGGUAUACCAAUACCUGUAAUAUGUGAUUGGUUAAACCAGCAUUGGGAAGGUAGCCUUGAUGACCUUAACAAUCCAAAAUUACCACUCAUUCGAUUGAUGUCUACUGGGCCAAGGAGUGAGCAUUCAUGUUCUUCCUUCACACUGGGGCAAGUUUUCAAGUCCCCGGAGGCUGAUAAUGAUGACACUCCUUCUUCAUCAAACAAUGUGAAGUCAAGGGAUCAGGGUCAAAGUUCUUCUGCUGUUGCUUACACUGCUGACGAAGAAAGCAUGAUCAAUAAUCCAAAUGCAGGGCAUGUGCAGGGAAUUCCCACUCCAGAAAUAUAUGAAUCAGCAAGAGUAAAUGCUGCACCACUCAGAAAAAAUGAAAAUACACAAAAACAGCUUUUGGACAUCAAUUUUCCACCGAGAAUUGCUCAACCUAUAGUUUUGUCACAAUCAACUGAAAAACUGCGUCCAAAGUCGGCUGAAAUUUUUGUCAAGGAUCCUUUACCUGAAAACCGUUUAGGAGAACAAAGCCAAGACAGAAGAACAACAACUCCUAGCGAAGAAGUUGCCUCAACAGGUUCUAUUAAUGCAGCACAAAGUAUGGUUCAGUCCAGUUCAUCUCCCAUACAAGCAUCAGAGAUGAACAAUGAAUAUAGUAGUGAUGGAGAGACAAUGUACUCGGCUGAAACUGCUGAGAGUCGCAAUUAUACAACACCUAGAGAGGUUAACUGUCAACAAGUGGGAAGGAGUCAGAGUUGUGUUAGUUACAAUAGAUUUGGUACUGCACAAAGGAACCAAGCUUCUCACCGGACAAUGGUAGAAAACCAUAGGAGCUUCCUUCAUGGGAAGAAGAUGCAUUCUCAGGGAGCAACUUCACAGAGAAGUAAUGACUAUUUUAGUCCAACUGUAUCAUCAAUUAUGAAGCGCAACUCUGAGCACACUAUCAGACCCCGGCAAACUCCUGUUCAUUCUUCUUCACCUAAAUGGGUGUUUUGAUUCACACUUCAUAUACGAUAAGAAAAGAAAAAGACAAGAAAAAAGAGAGGAGUAUAGUAAUAUUUUUUUGUCUCUAUCAAUGCACUGCUAAAUUUCCAUAUCUAUCUACUAACACUUUUUCGAGUAACAUGUGCAGAGACCAGCUAUGGUGUAUAAGAAAUUUCAGCCAAAAUGUAGAUUUCUUCAAAUCAAAGUGACUGAUGUUGAUUAUUUAUUCCAUAUUGGAAACAUUUCUC